AUGAUAUUGACAAACCCAAAUCGGCAAACAGUCGUUUCCGCCUAUGGUAACGGAUUGAUGGCGCUUGCUACUAUCACCUCAAGAUAUGACAAACUCGAUUCCAGCUGGCAACUAGAACAGGCACUAAACCACGCCCGUACUCAGAUUCAAAAUCAGUUUCAUCAGCACUGCCAAGGACUUGAUGGUCGAUAUGAGGAAGGUGACUCAAUCGCUCGUGAGCAGCUAGAAGAUAUCAUUAUAACAAUGCGGGAGGCAUUACUGGAUCCCCUUCACCAGGCGUGGAGGCCGGGAGCCGUCUUGAAUCUGAUGGCGUUGCAGAUAGUGUCCGACCAGGGGCUCGCUCGCACUCUAGGAACUUUGGGGGAUUUGUACCAGCGUCUCUCAAGGCGGUCGCCUAUUCCACUACCAUCGUAUCUUUCGAAUUCCGUCAAUCCGCCUGAAGAGAGUAUUUGCGGGAUGGACACAGCAAAUGCUAGAUUGUUGGAUGGCGUUGAUCCGUCACUGGUUCAAUAUUUAGCUCCGGGUGCAAUACAACCCCAGGACCUAAUCAUGCAUCAAUCAAGGCGCAUCUCCCUUCCUCAAAGCUUUGAGCCCUCGGUUGCACUCUCAAUCGCAACGAAUACUACAAGUCCAGAGUCCGAAGAGGACUCAAUAGAUGCAGGCAUACCCGAGACAAGAAAUAUGGACCACAUCUUGGACGCAGCUCGCUAUUUCAGUGAAUUGGACCAGCUCGAGGUUCAAACCGCGCAGACACUCGGCAUGAAAAGUAGCCCAUACAUUGAGCUUGAAUCGCUGGAUGACUGUAUUGAGUGUCUUGGGAAUUGGCAUACUGCGCUGGGGUAUCUACAGUCCCAAGGCUUUUGCGGAAGCACCAUGAGCAUUUUAAUGGAAGACCAACACUGUGAUGGAGUUGCCGAAGCCUUUCAUGUAUCAUUAAGCCAGACUGGCACUUUGCUAGAGAAUAUUCUUGACAAAUUCGACGAAGAGGAGUUAUUGAAGAGGGCGAUACAGCGCUGGAUGCAAAAGGUGCUCAAUGUUGAGGACAAGGCCCUCUCGGACUGUGACUCGGUAGGAAUUCUUCGCUUCUUGUGUGGAAUUCUGUCAAUUGGGCUUGUUUCAUUCUCUGGCUCACACGUGUGUCGAUUCGACAUGAAUUUAUGGAAUGAGAAUAUGGAAAAGAUCCCAGUCGGUUUCGAUGGGUAUGCCUUCAGGCCACAGAAACUGGCUUGCUUGGACGACUUUGUCGGUGGUCCUGCAUGGGUUCUAGGAAAAACCUCUGCCCAAUCCGAUGGAAUGAAGAUCUGUUUUACCGUCCAGGACCUUCAAGAAUUGUGGGGACCAGUCUCGCUGGUAGGGGGUACUGCAGAUGAAGGGCCAGUGAUUCAAACAGAGAGAGGCUUCAUCAUUCCACUUCCUCAAGAUCGGCAGACUUCAUUGUAUGGUCAGAUUGAAUGCCACUGGGUGCCAGGGGUUCCAGAAUAUCUCCCUGGGGAGAUUUCAGAUAUAAAAAUCCGCCUUCGCAACACAUCAAGAAUAUUGAUCGGCACACCCACGAAUGUUGAGGCUGGGCUUGUUGUUAACGACAAGUGCAAGUCGUCAAUGUCACUCAUUGGACAACAAAUCGCCUGUCGGCUUCAGUACCCUGGAACAAGCAAAUCAAGACACGUGAGUGAUGGGUACGAAGUUCAGCUUGGUGGCGGACAAUACGUCACAGCCGGGAUCAUGAAGAAGUACAAACGGAUUCCAAAGCGCACACUCAAGGCAAUGCUCAUCGCGGAUUGCACAAAGGCAGACAUAAGGCUUGUGCCACUUCUUAAUCUCCGUGUCGGAUUAGAAGUAAGUGCGUGCACCGGAAACGCCCAGCGAGUGACGCUCUGGGAUGCUCUCCGCUUCUCUCAAACAAGCACCCAACCCACAGAGCACCGAACAAACUGCGCCCACAAGGUCGGCGACAAGAAUUGUAUCAGCUCCUGCUGGAAUAGAUGGCAAUCAAUGGACGAUAUAGAUUCCCUCGACCAUACGCCCGGGGAAAACCAGCCUCUUACCGGUGUCGAAGCUCGUCGUGUGAUCAUAAAUUCCAUCCUCGCGCUCGAGCACUCGGGUGUUGACAGCGAUGGAAACCUCCAAGUAUCAUGGCCCUUCAUCAAUAGCCCCGCCAAUUGUCCAGUGUUGCCGUCCACACCGAAAGAGUCACAUAACUGGUUUCCUAUCGUCAAAGAUACGCGGGACACGUCGAGCUUUGCCGUCUACAGUGAAAGGUGUCUAGAGUUUCCCGAGGAGAGAAAAAUGCGGUCGUGCUCUGUGCUAUGCAAGGAAGGCCAUUUCAAGCCGCUUCAAACUACUCUUUCAACACGUAUUCUAACACCUACCGAAGAGGGGUCAGUUUCUGGACUGCUGGUGGGGGUCAAGUUCUUAGUAGGGGAGGCACAUUUGACGGUCACAAAGGCAGUGAACAACCAGUUGGGGAUUAUCGCCACUGUGAGCAUAAAUCCAUUGAACAGUAUGCGACAUCGACUGCGCGAGAUCUUGCCAGAUUCUGGGGGCUUUGACUUCAAAGAGCACAUCUGGCCGGAUAUCACAGGAGGACGAUCGGUUCCGGUGUUCGUUUACUGA